GCCGUGACAUGGCGGGACCGUGGGUGGGGAGCGGGUGUUUUUAAGGCGGCGGUGUCGGCCCGAGCCGUGUGUUUGUGUUCGUGGUGUGUGUGUUUGUGGCUGCCCGGCAUGGAGCCCACCCGCGUGGCGAUCAUCGGCAGUGGACUCAUUGGUUGCAGCUGGGCCAUGGUGUUUGCUGCUGGAGGCUUCAAAGUGAAACUUUAUGACAUUGCACAACAACAAUUAACAACUGCACUGGAAAGCAUUCGCAAACAAAUGAAAGAGCUGGAGGAGUCGGGAUUCCUGAAAGGAACUUUGAAUGCAGAGAAGCAGCUGGCUCUCAUCAGUGUCUGCACAGACCUGAAGGCUGCAGUAGAGGGUGCUACUUUCAUUCAGGAAUGUACUCCCGAGAACCUGGAACUGAAAAAGAAGAUUUUCAGUCAGUUAGAUCUCAUUGUUGAUGACAAUGUUAUCUUGAGCAGCUCAACCUCUUGUCUCUUACCCAGCAAGUUGUUCACUGGCCUUAAACAUGUUAAGCAGUGUAUUGUGUCUCAUCCUGUAAAUCCACCUUACUUUGUGCCACUGGUUGAAAUUGUUCCACAUCCAGAAACAGAUCCUUCUGUUACAGAGAGAACGUACGCUCUGAUGAAGAAGAUUGGACAAUCGCCUGUCAAAUUAAACAGAGAAAUUGAGGGGUUUGUUCUGAAUCGACUCCAGUAUGCAGUGAUAAGUGAAGCCUGGAGACUUGUGGGUGAAGGAGUAAUAUCUCCUACUGAUCUAGACAUUGUGAUGUCUGAUGGACUGGGAAUGCGAUACGCAUUUAUUGGACCUCUGGAAACGAUGCAUCUUAAUGCAGAAGGUAUUUCAAAUUAUUGUGAAAGGUACCGGGAAGGUAUGAAACUUGUUCUGAACACCUUUGGACCGGUUCCAGAAUUUUCAGGUGAAAUUGAGCAGAAGAUCAGUCAGGCGAUGUCUGAAAAAAUUCCAGCUGUUCCAAAGCACCUGGGUGCCAGAAGAGAAUGGAGAGAUGACUGUCUCGUUGGUCUUGCCAAACUGAAGAAACAAAUGAAAUCUAACUGAGGGGCACCUUGUCUAACAGGAGAGACCAAACGAAGAGCAGUUCUUCAUCAAAUGUGGAGGUUUUUGGUCAUGCGGAAGAGACCGAAUGUGCAAGCAGCCAUGUGCACAAGUGUAGAAGCAAAUGAAAUGUUUGGUCCAAAUUUGUCGUGACAUAAUUAACAGAUAACUGGAAACAGUUAUUAGGAGUUCAGUUAAAACUGUAUCAGAUCAUUACAAUGUAUGCAUUGGAUGCGUAAGCAUUAGGUAGCUUUAGCAAUAUUAAUACUGUGCAAUGCUGGAACACAAUCAUAUUUUAAAUAACGCAUUUUUCAGCUUGCUUUGAAAUUCAGCACUUGAACAAUAUUUGCUUAUGCAGGGAUCUGGAAUUGGCAAACGUCAGCUGUUUGUCACUGGAGAAAAUGAGCCCUCGCUGCCAAUCAGUGGAGCAGUGAGGUUAAUUUGUAAAGCACUGACCGCAGACAGGAGGUUGUGCUAAGCAGAGGGCAGGUUUUUUGGCCAGUGAGCUGAGACCUCAGCAGCACUAGGGGUCACUUCAGAUUAACUCUGUAACCAUUCCACAGUGGUGGGGAAAGAAUUAUCAUCCCUGGAAGCAUUCAAGGCCAGUUUGUAAGGGGCCCUGGGCAGCCUGAUCUGGUGGGUGGCAGCCCUGCCCAUUGCAGGGGGUUGGAGUUAGGUGAUCUUUAAGAUCCCUGCCAAUGUAAACCAUUCUGUGAUUACUCCUCCUUCCCUGCCUUUGGCACUUCUGUACUAGUGUGAUGACCUGACUGUGAGUACAUAGAUCUGUCCUCAUCCCCUCCCCCUGGUUCAGUAAAACUGACCAGACACCUACUUGGUUCUUCAGACAACGCACUUUGAUACCCCACGGCUUUGCCCAAACUUGGGUCAGGUGGUUGGUGCUGUCAGUAGGCAUCGCUGCACAGACAUGCUCUAUUUUACGGCUUGCCUGUGAGAAAUGAAGUAAUUUGAUUAAAAGAUAUUCUGGGAGAUGAUGUCGCGUAAUGGAUUUGUCUGGGCUUUUCCAAGCAACUCUACAACCUUCUUAAUAUUCUUUGGAAGAGAAUUCACCUCUCUGUUCCUUGUGUGUUAUCAGAAGCAAUGAGUGUUUACUUAGGACUCCACUGUAGACCCCAAAUGUCUGAUACUUUGCUGCCAAGAGAAAGAUGUGGUGGCUUAGAUGUAGCACUUAAGGCUUAUUUGCUGUCCUCCCUCCAGGAAAUGGCUGUGUAAGGAUGGAGUGUACACCUGAAAGCAGCAGUAUCUCCAGCAGCUGCAGCUUCAGCCCACAUCAAAGUUGUCUUACAGAUGUACGUACCAUGUAAUAAAGCUGGAUUUUGAACUUAGCUGGCACCUUGGGGCAUUACUGUAUAUAAGAAUAACCUGUAGCAGUGCAUUGCACCCGCACUGCUUGAGUUUAGCAGUUCUGAAUUUGUGCCAGCAGGUCGUAUAACGUCUGGUACAGCUCAGAUUCUGAGACAUUAAGCACUCGUUUUGAUGAAAUGCUCAGGGGCAUUUCAAGUCUUGUUCUUACGGAAGGUGCGGACACAGAAACAUGUUACUGCAGCUCAACUAGUUACGGUGCUGAACAGCAGGAAUGUCUGCAGGAACACACCAAUACCGUGCUGUGUAAAUCACAGUGAACAAGGCCUGAGAUAAGUUGUGUUCCCUGAUGCACGUGGUGGCCCGAGAGCACAUCUUUCUGUUAAACAUGGGAUGGGGGGAUGAUAUAGAGAUAGGCCGACAUUAAUUUAUAGUUUGUGGAGAGAAAGGAGGAUUUGUAAACACAGUUUUAUCCCAAAAUAAAAUUAAAAUUGUCAGGUUUCUUCUAUUGCUUUUCAUUGCCACAGUGACUGGCACAACCCUCAUUAACGAUCUGAAGGUGGGGAGGUCAGCACCCACACUUGAUGCCCUAUUAGGCAAUAGGGAAUUAAUUAUGGGAAUGAUUUCUGCAUAUUAUGUAUGUUUUUAUAUUUUGGGCUCUAGAAGGUUCCAAUUGCUUUCAAGAUCAAACCUGUUUCGUUAAGAGCAUAUGGCAUUUUCAUAGCUAAUUAGCUCAUGUUGCUUGUGUUGAUUCUGAGAUAUUUUAAAACCCGAUUGUGUCUUGAAAUAUUUGCUUCCAUUUUUAUUUUUUUUUAUUGCUUAUGAAUAAAAGAUUUUAAUGAGAA